AUGAACUUUGCCCAAAAAGAAACUGAAACCUUUUAUCAGAGCUGGGAGAAGUUCAAGGAUUUACUCAAUGCUUGUCCUCAUCAUGGGUAUGAAAAUUGGAGGAUAAUAAGUUUUUUCUAUGAGGGUUUACAACCCAAGAUGAGACAAUUUGUAGAGACAAUGUGUAAUGGAGAGUUUUUCAAUAAAGAACCAGAGGAGGCUUUUGAAUACUUUGAUUAUUUAUCUGAAAAUGCUCAGUCAUGGGAUGUUUCAGAUGAAUAUCAUAGAACUGAACCCUUAAAGAUAACUGGAGUGGGGAAAUACAACUUGAGGGGAGUGGAUGACUUGCAUGCUAGAGUGUCUAUGCUUAUUAAGAAAUUAGAAACCAUAGACACAAACAAAGUAAGUCCAUUCUCUAACACAUACAACCCCAGCUGGAUAAACCACCCAAAUUUAAGUUGGAGGAAUGAGCAGUCAACCCAACCCUCCAAUCAUGCACCAGGCCCUUCUCAAUACACAGGAAAUCAACAGUCAGCUACAUCAGGAUCAACUCAGUAUCCUACUGCAGCACCUUAUGGGCAGAGGAGGAAUCUUGAGGAAACUAUGCAUCAAAUGGCAGCAAACCUUCAACAAUUCAUGCAAGGGCAAACCACCAUGAACAACCAGACUUCACAAGCCAUCAAUGAGAUUAGAGGAUCCUUGACGAGGUUGACCACGACUUUGCAAACUCAAGAGAAGGGAAAAUUCCCUACUCAACCUCAACCUAACUUGCAGGGGCAAAUUCAUCAAGUGUCAGAGACAUUGGAGACUUCCAACACUAAAAGCUGUAACAACUUUGAGAAGUGGGAAAAUCUUGGUGCUCAAACUGAGAUGCAGUGGAAGCUAAAGGAUGAACAACUACCUCCAGUUAUAGUAAUAGUAAAGCCAUCAAAGGAGCAGAUCCCAGCAUUGGAUCUUAAGCCCCUACCCACAGAACUCAAGUAA